GGCAUCGUCCCGCGGUCCCUGCCCUGGGGACUCUGACCCCGUGGGCCGGCGAGGGGAGCCGAGGCAGGCGGUGACGAGCAGCCCCACAGCCACGGGGACGGAGCCAGCGAGGAGCCGGACAGGAUGGAUCCCGCUUGGGAGCUGGCAGAUGACCCCAGGUUCUCCCGCCCUUUGGUGGAGAUGCUGAUCAGGAACUUCAGCGUGCCGGCAGCCUGCUUCUCCCUGCCGCCCACCUCCCGGCAGCUGCUGCACCAGCUGGACAUGGCCCAACUCAUCAUCCUGGGCCUCUGCACCAUCAUGACACUGCUGUCGGUUGUGAUCUACGUUGAAGAGGUUUCGUACCUCUUCCGCAAGAUCCGCUGCCCUAUCAAGAUGAAGACCCUCUGCUGGAGCAGCUCAGCCCCUACGGUUGUGUCAGUGGUCAGCUGCUUUGGCCUGUGGUUCCCGCGCUCCAUGAUGGUGGUGGAGAUGGCUACCACGGCGUACUUCGCUGUCUGCUUCUACCUGCUGAUGAUGGUCAUGGUGGAGGGCUUUGGGGGGAAGGAAGCACUGCUCAGCACCCUGAAGGAUGUGCCCAUGGUGGUCAGCACUGGGCCCUGCUGCUGCUGCUGCCCAUGCCUGCCCCGAAUCACCAUGAGCAGGAAAAAGCUUAAAUUGAUGAUCCUGGGGACUUUCCAGUAUGCCCUCUUCAAGGCAAUUGCUGUCUUCCUGGGACUGAUCCUGGCCACCGAUGGGAAUUACAACCCCGCUGACAUUUCAGCGGAGAGUGUGUCCCUCUGGAUCAACACCUUGGUUGGUGUCUCCGCCCUCUUUGGGCUGUGGGGCCUGGGCAUCCUCUUCCGGCAGGCCCGGCUGCACCUGGCUGAGCAGAACAUGCAGGCCAAGUUCACCUGUUUCCAGAUGCUGCUCCUCCUGACGGCGCUGCAGCCUGCCAUCUUCAGCAUCCUGGCCAACAACGGCAGCAUUGCCUGCUCGCCGCCCUUCUCCUCCAAGGCCAGGUCGCAGCAGAUGAACGUGCAGCUGUUGAUCCCGCAGACCUUCAUCCUGGCGGUGCUGACGCGGAUGUACUACCGCAAGCAGGAUGACAAGCCGGGCUACCAGCCCGUCGGCUUCGCAGCCACAGGUGCCGACACCAAGGCGUGAGCAGAGCAGGAGGGACAAACUGGGGUGCCAAGGGGCAGAGCGGGGUGAGGGGCUGGUCUGCCCUGCACAACCUUCUCCUCCUCCCCUGCCCUGGGGAGCUGCUGGCAGCAGAAGAGGCAGAAGGAGAAAGAGCAUCUUGGGACAGAAUUAAAAGGUCUGAAACCUAAAAGCCAUAAGCCAAGGGGGUCCAUGGAGCCACCUCCAGCCCAGGGGCUCUUGUCUAGCACUGAGUAAAGAUAAAUUUUUACUAGA